AUGGCAGAACAACUGUUUCAAGUUAUCAAAAAAAGAAUGACAUUGUUUGUGAUUGGGAAGAUAAAGACAUUCGUUGUUCUCUCAGUCAGAGACAACCUCCUCUUUUGGCUAUUCGACGGAUUUCUUGGCCUGGAUCCAGACAAGUACAAGCAACUAUUCAACUUCAGUGAAGAGGCGCCAAGAAAGCAGGUUGCUGAAAUGUAUCUGCAACACGCUGUCUGCGAGCAAAACUACAUAAAUUUAAAUAUAUGUAUAUUUAACUAUUUGAUAAACAACUUUCUAUUUUCCAUCUUUCGUUAUUUGUUGGGCAAAAAUAUAAUUUUGGUUAUUUUUUCAAGAAUUAAAAAAACAAAAAUAAAUCUAACGUGUUAA